CUUAGAAUAGGGUCCCUUCCUGUAGGGUGCCAGGUUUGUAUUAUGUGGCCUCUCCCUCUCUCUCUCUUUUUCUCUAUUCCCUGUGGUGAGACCCAUUUUAUAUAUCUACACUUCUGGCUAACUGAAACUAUAGACGCCCAUAUCAUUUACAACUGUUCGUGGAGUGCCUGCAGAGCUUCUUGAGAGCAUCAAUGGCUUUUUUAAUGGUAGUUCUUGGGGUGGUGUUGGUGCUCUGUAUCUGCUCUGCUUUGCUGAGAUGGAAUGAGGUGAGGUACAGGAAGAAAGGUUUGCCUCCAGGUACAAUGGGCUGGCCGGUAUUUGGAGAGACUACAGAGUUUCUUAAACAAGGUCCGAACUUCAUGAAAAACCAGCGAGCAAGGUAUGGUAGUUUUUUCAAGUCCCACAUACUGGGCUGCCCUACCAUUGUAUCCAUGGAUCCCGAGCUCAACAGGUACAUCCUCAUGAAUGAGGCAAAAGGCCUUGUUCCUGGCUACCCACGGUCCAUGUUGGAUAUCUUGGGUAAAUGCAACAUUGCAGCAGUUCAUGGCUCCACCCACAAGUACAUGAGAGGGGCAUUGCUUUCGCUCAUAAGCCCCACCAUGAUCAGAGACCAGCUUUUGGCAAAAACUAAUGAAUUCAUGAGAAGCCACCUUAGCAACUGGGAUGACCAAAUCAUCAACAUUCAAGAAAAGACCAAAGAGAUGGCUCUUUGCUCAUCCCUUAAGCAGAUUGCCGGUAUAGAAUCCAGCUCAAUGUUCCAACCAUUCAUGACUGAGUUCUUUAAGCUAGUUCUAGGGACACUUUCACUGCCUAUUAACUUUCCGGGAACAAAUUAUCGUCGGGGAUUCCAGGCGAGGAAAAAUAUCAUAGCCAUGUUGAAGCAACUAAUAGAGGAAAGAAGAACUUCUCAAGAAACCCACCAAGAUAUGCUUGGUUCCCUUAUGAGAAGUGAUGAAAAUAGAUACGAACUUACUGAUGAAGAGAUAAUUGAUCAAAUAAUUACAAUUGUGUAUUCCGGUUAUGAAACUGUUUCAACUACUUCCAUGAUGGCCGUCAAGUAUCUCCAUGAUCAUCCAGGAGCUCUUGAAGAACUCAGAAAAGAACAUUUGGCGAUUAGAGAAAGGAAAAGGCCCGAGGAUCCAAUUGAUUGGAAUGACCUUAAGUCGAUGAGGUUUACUCGUGCGGUUAUCUUUGAGACCUCAAGAUUAGCAACGAUUGUUAAUGGAGUUUUACGGAAAACCACUAAAGAUAUGGAACUGAAUGGGUUUGUGAUUCCAAAAGGAUGGAGAAUAUAUGUUUAUACAAGAGAGAUUAAUUAUGACCCUUUUCUAUAUCCGGAGCCAUUCACCUUUAAUCCAUGGAGAUGGCUGGAUAAGAGCUUGGAGUCUCAAGGCUACUUCUUUAUAUUUGGAGGGGGCACUAGACUCUGUCCUGGAAAAGAACUGGGAAUAGCAGAAGUUUCCACUUUCUUACACUACUUGGUGACUAGAUACAGGUGGGAAGAGAUUGGAGGUGAUGAACUGUUGAAAUUUCCAAGAGUGGAAGCACCAAAUGGGCUACAUAUUAGGGUUUCAUCUUUUACUAACUCGGACAUGUACGUACAGAAGGAAGAAAGUAUAUAAGAUAUGAGGGUAAAAUAAUGUUCUAACGGGUAGGAAUUUGAUAAAACUGAGAAUUUCCAUUAAUUCUCGGCUAAUAUUAACUUUGCCAUCCCAUAUAGAAAAUAUGUGUAAAUUUCAACUCUACCUGUUGAUAAGGUUUAACGAUAUGAUAGAAAGCAAGGGAUAAAAGACGCAUGUUCUAGAAA